AUGGAGAAACAAAACGCCGACCAAUGGGGCGGUGUUAGGCUAGACGUGCUUGCAGAAGCAUAUAUGGAAGUGCGAUAUGAGAUGUGGAGGAUCCUAGGCGCGAGGGUCAACGAGAACUGGCAAUUGGUUGAACAGAAAGUCAUGGAGAAUGGAUUGAAGAAUUUAACCCAAGCUUUUCGUCAAGCGCAAAAGAAGCAUGUCAAUUACGAUAUUAAUCCUGAUAGUGGCAUUGGCAUUUGUGAUGAAGACGAGGACACUUAUGAGGAGCCAGACGCGAAUCCUAGUGUAAUUCCGAAUUUAGACGCACCAACACGCACACCUAGUGGUCUCUCAAGUCGACAGUACCAUCAUGUUAGUCUUCCGAGGCUAGGACCAGUGCCUGCAACUGGUAUGGCACACGCCUCUAUAAACGCGAACGCUGACUCAAAUAAAGUGAUGGACACUGAUGCUCCAGGAGCUGCAAGUGGAACGAAAAAGGGACACAGAGAGCAAACACAAGAUGCAGUCAUGUGUUUGCCCAACACAUCAACUGACUUCCUUCUACUUAACCGGACCAUUUCUUCGAACCCUUCGAACAACACCGAUGCUGCUCCGUCACCCUCCGUGGAGUCCGAAGGCACUCUAGAAGCCGGUGUGGAUGAAGUUGAUGUACGCAAAGAACUCCUAGUCGAUCGACUCAUGCUCCAAUUUUACAGCAUCUUUGAUGCUCAAAACUCCCCUGUUCGGCAACACCAAGGCUCUUCAGAAUCCCCAGGAGGCUCUCCGUCCAAAAAGACGACAUCCAACACCUCGAGCUCUAGACGAACCACAAAACAUGGCCGUUCUUUCGAAGAAGAUGACGACGACGAAGGCGAGCUCGCAGAACAUCAACGCACGCCGGUGGCCUGUGUCAUCAGAAUGCAAGAGCCUCUUGAAGGUUUAACUCAGGAGCAGGUUGAGCAACUAAAACGCCGCAAGAGUAUGUUUCAAGCAGAAAGCGAAGUAGAAAAGUGGAAAAUCGUCUACAUGAUAUGUUUCCCAGAUACUACCCCUGGCGACAUGCCUACACCGUACUAUGACAAUGAAACCAGUGAAACCGAUCUCACGGACCAUUCCCUGAAGGACCCUACCCUCGCGCAGUAUGAAGCGUACAUGAAUCGUGAGCUUCCGCGAAAAGUCCGCAAGGAGCUCGAGAUAGCAAUUGGAAAACUCUUCGGUCCGCUGGAAGAGACGUUGAAGAACCAGCUCGAAGGCCUCAUUCGCAAUUGCCAAGAAAGACUAUCGCGGGAUUUUGUGAAAUCCAAAGAAUCUGCUCACGAGAGAGGCCUGGAUGCGACAUCUGAAUUAGCCGGUCCGAGUGAUAGUGGAACGCAACCGCAAAUUGGCGCGACUGCGACACCAAGUGUUUUAGCUCCGUACACCGUACCCAUGGACUCUUCUUUUGAACUUUGGCAGGGUAUGGAUGCCACAUUCAACCUGCAAACCUCUACUUAUCCGGAUUCGGCAUAUUAUUCGGAGACGAACCCACUUCCCAGUGAUCCUUGGUGGCCUACAGCACUCGAAACAAUCCCAUGUUUGGCCAAUUUUGAUCCAGCCGAAUCGGGAAUGAUGAACAGCCUAGGAUCACAUUGGCAAAGCACAGAAAACGUAUCGAAUCCAUCUUACAUGGGUAAGGGUAAGGGAAGAGCAGACGAGGCUACUGGCGAUUGA